AUGGCGACAAACGCUAACCAGUCUGUACCUUCUGGAACACCAGACGCGGGGGGCGAUCAACUGGUUGAGGUUCUUAACCGCUUAACCGAUUCACAGAACCGUGUUGAUGCGGCACAACGGGUUCCCAAAAUUCCUGGGUUUUUCCGUCAGGAUCCAGCGUUAUGUUUCCUCCAAGUCGAGUCUUCCUUUUCAACUGCGAACGUAAGAGCGGAGGAAACUAAGGCUGAUUAUAUUGUGGCCAAUCUAGAUUUCGAGAUUGUCGCACAUGUUAAAGAUAUCCUGUCGAUUUCCCCGACACCUGCGGAUAUUUGCACGCGAAUUAAAAACCGGAUAAUAUCCGGGUUCUCGGCGUCCCCUGAAAGCCGACUUCCUCAAUUACUGAAAGGCGAAGUUCUUUCAGACGGAAAACCUUCGGUUAUCCUCAAUCGCCUGCGCAGUUUAAAUGAUAACGCGUGUAGUGAAGAAGUAAUAAAGAGCAUUUUUCUCGAGCAACUGCCGAAUCAAAUCGAGGCGAUUCUCGCGCUAUCGAAUAUAGACAACCUUGAUGAUCUGGCAAAAAUGGCUGACAAGGUCACAGAAGCUGCGGGCCCGGGUAAUUUUCAUAUUUCUUCCGUAACUUCCGGUUCAUUGUCAAACUCAUCUAUGGCUUCUGCUGUUACCUCCAAAGCGUUGCCUGAUGAUUUAGAAACGAAACAGAUCACGUGGUCGUGGUCGUGGACGCGGAUGGUCGAAUUCACAAAACCGAAAUACCCGCGACCGCUCACGAGACAAGAGUUCUACUGGCUUAUGUUUCUACCACGAAAGGUUUGGCGAAAAGGCUCAACGAUGCCAGAAGCCAUGCAAGUGGGUUCCGCAGUCAUUAUUGGAAAACUGGUCGAGCCUCCCCGCGCGGAGACGGUGGGGGGUUCAGGCAAAGUCACCUCUAAGCGUCUUCAUUUAAGUGAUCGUAACUCCGGACUUGUCUUCCUCAUUGACACGGGCUCUGAUCUUUCACUACUACCGGUGGAUAAGAAAAACAAACCCAAACCAAGCGACGGUGUUUUGUAUGCAGCUAACGACACGCCCGAGGUCCCUUAUCCGAUAAUUGGAGCCGACUUUCUGGCGCUCUACUAUUUAGCCUCAUUUCUACACGCAUCUAGUUUGGUAGACACUACCACUGGCUGUAGUUCUUCGGGUUUUAUCAAAAACGCAAGCAUUUUUGGCGUUAGUACAAUAGACAGAACUCAGCCUUAUUCAAAAAUUUUGGCCGAUUUUCCGGAAAUAACAAGUGUUUCUCAGUGUCCUGAUCUCGUGGUACAUGAUGUACAACAUCACAUUGAGACGAAGGGUCCUCCGAUCGCCGAGCGUGCCAGACGUUUGUCGCCGGAUAAAUUGGCUGCUGCUAAAACUCAGUUCCAACAAAUGAUUGAUUCCGGAAUUUGUCGACCAUCCAGUAGUCCCUGGGCAACACCCAUUCACAUGACUCCCAAAAAGGAUGGCGAUAGUCCCUGGGCAACACCCAUUCACAUGACUCCCAAAAAGGAUGGCGAGUGGAGGAUCUGUGGGGAUUUUCGCCGACUUAAUGUCGUCACUAUCCCCGACAGAUAUCCUGUUCCACACCUUCACGAUUUUUCAGCAAACUUGCACGGCAAAUCAGUUUUCUCAAAGUUAUACCUCUUGAAAGCCUAUCACCAAAUUCCGAUAGCUCCUGAAGAUAUACCGAAAAUGGCUGUAAUUACACCGUAUAUUCACCGUGCCUUAGGCGAUCUUGACUUUGUUUUCGCGUACGUCGAUGAUAUUCUCGUUGCUUCCCCAAACGAAGAGGAACACGAGAAACAUCUCAGGAUUGUUUUUCAACGGCUCAAGGAUUUCGCUUUACGUUUGAAUAUUAGCAAGUGCCAAUUCGGCAAAUCCGAACUCGAGUUUUUAGGUCAUUUGGUCAAUCGUGACGGGGUCAAACCAACCCCUGAGAAGGUUCAAGCGAUCGUACAAUUUCCUAAACGACGGACCAUUGUGGAACUUCGAAGGUUUCUAGGCUUGGUUAAUUUUUACCGCCGUAGUCUGCCUCAAGCUGCUUAUGUACAAGCGCCCUUACACAGCUACCUUUCUGACUCGCGUAAAAAUGAUAGACGAGAGAUUGAGUGGACACACGAGGCAGAAGAAGCGUUUGUCAAGAUAAAAAAUGAUCUCGCUAAUGCGACUCUUCUUUCGCAUCCCGCAUUCCGACAUUUUAUUAAGGGACAAGACUUCAAGGUGAUCACUGAUCACAAGCCUCUAGUUUAUGCUUUCACGCAACGCUCGAAAAAAGCGUCUCCGCGUCAGCAAAGGCAAUUGGCGUUUAUCUUUCAGUACACUACUCGAAUCGAGUAUCUUCCAGGAGCAGACAAUGUUGUGGCUGAUUCACUGUCCAGAGUAGAGUCAAUAAAACUACGCACUGAAUGGAGUCUUGUCGAACUCGUGCAGGCUUAA